GAGGGAGAGAGCGUUCUGUAUCUACUCAGAAUCUCCCAAGGAAGUUAGUGUCUCGCGCUGCUUCGAGUUGCAACCUCGGCUCCUUUUGGAGAAAUGAACUUUAGUCGGGAGGAGAAAGAAACUAGUCUUGCAGCACUUGAAGCACUCGGAUACUGGAGUGUAACACGGUCAAUUCUUGUUGUCCUGCAUUGUUUACCUCUUAAAAUUUGCCUAGUUUCGAUUUGACAACUAUUUGGCUACAUCCCUCCGGUUUAGGAAAACUUUAACGCACGUUUUUCGUCGAUGGACAAACAACACUUUUAGAUCGUUAACUUGACAGAUAUGUUGACAACCAAUCAGCUGGUGUAAACGGAUCCACGCCAACAAGAAAACUUCUACAGCUUCGAGAAACGAAUCUAUCAUCGAGCCACAUUUCCCAGGUGAUUGUGUGACGGUUGUUGGCAAACGCGGAAUGGAUCUGAGACCUGAGCAUUCCAAUGUGUCCUCCGGCUCCCAAGUCCAUCACGGCGCGGGAACUGCAACCUCCAUCCCGGUUUCCAUGGCCAGCACGCUCCUCCGUGGUCCGCCGCUCCUCCUGCGCGCUACCGAGAAGUAUCCCCGCACCCCAAAGUGCGCCCGCUGCAGGAACCACGGUGUGGUGUCAGCACUGAAAGGCCACAAGCGCUACUGCCGCUGGAAAGACUGUAUGUGUGCCAAGUGCACCCUGAUCGCCGAGCGGCAGCGCGUCAUGGCGGCGCAGGUUGCGCUGCGGAGACAGCAAGCGCAGGAAGAGAACGAAGCCCGCGAGCUUCAGCUACUGUACGGGACAGCCGAGGGGCUCGCGCUGGCUGCCGCUAACGGCAUAAUUCCACCUAGACAGAACUACGAGGUGUUCGGUUCUGUCAGCAGCGAAAGCAACUCUGAUUCCAGUAUUCAGAAGUACGAGUUGUUCCCAAAAGUCCAGAUGUUGGGGUCAGGAACCGGCCAGCAGAACAUGGGGAAAUCGGUUUCGACCGACAACGAGUCCGUACCGGGCAUGUCCUCUCCGGACGGCCGCCAUGGCUCCGGGUCCGAGAACGGAGACGGGGAAUCGUUCAUCAGCUCCCCGGUGUCCAAAACCCUGAAGGACGAUGAGGACACCCCGGGCUCCGUCACCCCCCUGGGCUCAGACUCCGGCUCGGAGACGGACAAGGACGACCAGGAGCCGUCGCCGUCCUCCGCCGCCUCCCGGCAGAUGAACGCCAUCGACAUCCUGACCCGGGUGUUCCCCAGCCACAAGCGCAGCGUCCUGGAGCUGGUGCUGCAAGGCUGUGGGAAGGACGUGGUCCAGGCCAUCGAACAGAUCCUCAACAACAGCGGUCAGCCCAAAGCCCCGGAGGACACGUGGACCGCAGAACGCAUGCUCCAAAGCGUCCACCAGUCGCCACUGUCCUCCAACCCCAGGCCCAUGCUCCAGGGAGCCAUGACACUCAGCAAUCGUUCUGCCUUCUCCCCCCUGCAGCCAAACGCACCUCACUUUGGCACGGAUCCCUCCACGUACCCCCUGGGUACCCACCUGGGGCUGAACCCGCUCCGGCUGGCCUACUCUGCCCACAGCCGAGGACUGGCCUUCAUGACGCCCUACUCCACCACAGGGCUCAUGCCCACUCUGGGCUUCAGGCCGCCCAUGGACUACGCCUUUAGUGACCUCAUCCGAGACCGGACGAUCUUGCACAAGGAUCAGAGUUACGUCAACGGUCUCUACGGGCCGCUGGUCAACAACAACCCGGACAAACCUUGAAGAGAACCCCCGGUAACGAACUCACCAUGCGCCCACCGCUGGGACUGGUAGACACAUGGAGGAACCCUCCAGGAUGGACUGUGUAUUUGUAGCCAAAAGUGUUGAGUGUUGUUAAGGAGAUCUGUGGUGUUUUUGGCUAAUGCUUGCUGUAAAUAUGACCUGGCGUUUAGUUUAUCUGCCUGAUGGGCAAGGAGACAAACCAAGCAUACUUAUAUAUUAUGUAAUCUUGUUACUUUCCCAUGUACAGAACAGUUGUUAAAAUACCCUCAGCAAGUCUUAAUAUGAAAUUCAAAAAUAUUGCGUUGUUGAAUUAUGUUUUUUUUUGUCUGCAAGCAUAAAAAACAACGAUAUAAUUCCAACCUCCCCGAUUUUUUUUACAAAUGCACUUUGAGUUAACCAGGACAUCAAAUGCAUUCAAUGGUGACUGUGAGUUGUGCAGUUUUGUUAAGAUUUGUCAAUAAUAUUUUGUCCAAACCCAGGUGUUAGAUGGUGUUACAGAGCCACAAUACUAGGUCCGGAGACAGGAAACACGAUAGCCUAUAUUUGUAACGUUAUAGUUGAUCGUAUUUGUAAUGCCUACAGUGUGGGAAGACCAAGUUAUUCCUUUGUACCUUCCUGAAAGUUGAACAUAACCUAAACCUAACUGUAAAACUUGAACUAAUUAUGUUUUGCAUUCUUUUUUCUUGAUUUGAUUUAAAAAAAUAAUAUUUCUCCAAUUAUGUAUAGUGUAUAAUGCAUUUGAUUAUAUAAGAUGAUUAUAUUAUAAUUGACCUAACUCUUUUCAUUGUUUAUCAGCUGCAAUAUUUCUUCAUUUGUGAAAUGGCAUAUGUUAGUGCUGAAUCAAGUCAAUGACUCACCUCAUGUUGCAAGCUGUACCGUCACAUUGUAUGAAUU